GCCUCAGUCCUGUGAUAUAAUGUGAGGUCUGCGCGCGUGUGCCAGAGCCGGUGCUCCUGUUUUUCCUCUCUCGAAGAACUUUGAGAUUCACAGCUCCUCGAGGACAGGAGAGACUUUUUACGCAGCUUUACGCACUGGACGUUUCCAACAUGUCUGGGGAGAAAAUAGAGAAGAGCAAGACGAUAGACCUGAGGAAAAAGCACAUAGGACCCUCGUGCAAGAUCUUCUUCAGCCAUGACCCCAUCAAGAUCGUGCGUGCAAAGGGUCAGUACAUGUACGACGAGACGUGCCAGAGGUACUUGGACUGUAUCAACAACGUGGCUCAUGUGGGGCAUUGUCACCCAGACGUAGUGAAGGCGGGGGCGCAUCAGAUGGAGCUUCUCAACACGAACUCGCGCUUUCUCCAUGACAACAUCGUGCUUUUCGCCCAGAAACUGCAGUCGACGCUGCCCGAGAAACUGUCCGUCUGCUACUUUGUCAACUCCGGCUCCGAAGCCAACGACCUGGCCCUGCGCCUCGCCCGACAGUACACCGGCCAUAAGGACGUCAUCACCCUGGAAAAUGCGUACCACGGCCACGUCUCGUCACUUAUUGACAUCAGUCCGUACAAGUUUCACCAGAUGCCUGAUUUCGAGGUCGACCCAUCUGUGCAUGUGGCUCCCAGUCCAGACGUGUACCGAGGAAAAUACAGGAGAGACCACCCUGAUCCUGCCACGGCGUACGCCAACGACGUCCAAGACAUAAUCCACACAGCGGAAGGCAAAGGGAGAAGGAUUGCGGCGUUUAUUGCUGAAUCAUUGCAGAGCUGUGGUGGGCAGGUCAUCCCCCCUGCGGGAUACUUCCAAAAGGUGGCAGAGCAUGUGCGGAAAGCCGGGGGCGUGUUUAUCGCUGAUGAGGUCCAGGUGGGAUUUGGCCGAGUUGGGAGUCACUUCUGGGCGUUUCAGCUUCAAGGGGAAGAUUUUGUGCCUGAUAUCGUGACGAUGGGCAAACCGAUAGGAAACGGGCAUCCUCUGUCCUGUGUGGUCACGACUAAAGAGGUGGCAGAGGCCUUCAUGAAAUCAGGAAUGGAAUAUUUCAACACAUUUGGAGGUAACCCCGUGUCGUGUGCCAUUGGCCUGGCUGUGCUCGAAGUCAUUGAGAAAGAGGAUCUCCAGGGAAAUGCUCUGCGUGUGGGAGGGCAUCUGUGCGCUGUGCUGGAGAAACACAAGAAGAAACACCCGCUCAUAGGAGAUAUCAGAGGUUGUGGUCUAUUUGUCGGCGUUGAACUGGUACGAGACCAGUUCAAACUUACCCCCGCUACAGCAGAGGCACAAGAAGUCAUCUACAGGCUGAAGGAGCAGCACAUUCUCCUGAGUGCAGACGGACCUCAUCGAAAUGUGCUCAAGUUCAAGCCUCCUCUGUGCUUCACCAAAGAAGACGUGGACUUAGUGGUGGAGAAGAUUGACCACAUUCUCACAGAAAUAGAAGAAGCAUUAGGCAUGACAAACAAGCUGGAUAUCAACAAUGAAGGGGCUAAAAGAAAGAUAUCCUAUGAAAACUAUCAGGACCAUGAGAUAGUCUACACCAACAGAAGCAAGAAAGAAGCUCCUCUUCAAACCAAAAGGAUCAAGACAUAAAACUACUGUUUAUAUCCUGGAAUAUAUCAUGGGAGCUGCCUAAAUGAGCUUGUUUAAACAUACAAUUUUGUAAAAUGCACAUAUCAGAAAAUAAUGAAAGUGUUAAUUUUAUCCUAAGUCUUAAAAGGGUGCUGCAUAUUUAUAAAAUGUACAUUUUAAUACACUCUUAAUAUAUAGUUGUUUGCACUACAAUGCAGAAUGCGCUUUUUGAGCUACACUUUAAUGCCACAAAUGUGUUAUUUUGAUUAAAAUUAAGUGAUGUAACUU